AUGCUCGUCGAUCCGCUCAUACUCCUCAAGGGAUGCUCAUCGACGGUGAAAAGUGGGCUUGUGAAGCUUGCGUCCGCGGACACCGUCGACCCUUCUCCACCUGCUCCGUAUGCAACAACACCCCCUGCCCAACACCAGAAGAGCAUACCAAGCUCAAACGCGAGGCCGAGGCCAAAUCCUCUUCAAAAAAAAACCAAAAUCACAUAUAAGCCACACACACACACAUAUACACACUGGCACAAACAUUUUGUUAUAAAACACCGCAGGCUGAUGUUGGGUUGUUUCAUUGAGUUUCGCUUGUUCCAGAGAGGUGCCGCUAGAGUCUCUUCGCGUUCGAAUUCUGUCUUAGUUCCCAUUGCGCCGAGACCGUCGUCGAAUUCGCCGAGCCCCCAGAGUCGUCCCCAGAUCAUGGCCGGUUCGAGUCCCGUCGUGUCUGCGCCCCAGCAACAGCAGCAGCAACUGCUGCAGCAGCCGUUACAGUCGGAGCUGCACCAAUCGUUUGCACGGUCGAGUAUGGCGCUGCCGUUCACCGGCGGCGAGUUUGUGGCGCCGGCGUUGUGCUCGAUGGGCGAUGUGCCUGUGUCGCUGUCGAUGGUUAGUCCGUUGGAUGCGGAUCCGACGGGGCGGUUGUUGUUUGGGGAGGCGGAGUUCGGGAAUGGGGGGUUCUCGUUGGAGGAUUUGGAUGUUGGGGCGCUGGAGAGGGAGGUUCUGCAGGAGGAUUGGUCGUGGUUGUCGGAGAAUGCGCUCUAA